CCCCGCCCGGGCUCAGCUUCGAGCAGUUCUGCAUCAACUACUGCAACGAGAAGCUGCAGCAGCUCUUCAUCGAGCUCAUCCUGCGGCAGGAGCAGGCCGAGUACCAGCGCGAGGGCAUCGCCUGGCAGAACAUCGAGUACUUCAGCAACGAGCCCAUCGUGGAGCUGGUGGAGCAGCCGCACCGCGGCAUCCUGGCGCUGCUGGACGAGGCUUGCUUGGCCGUGGGGACCGUCACCGACGCCCUCUUCCUGGCCUCCAUGGACACCCGCCUGGGCCGCCACCCCCACUACAGCAGCCGCAAGCUCUGCCCCACCGACAAGACCAUGGAGUUCAACCGCGACUUCCGCAUCAAGCACUACGCCGGAGACGUCACGUACUCGGUGGAGGGCUUCCUGGACAAGAACAAGGACACGCUCUUCCAGGACUUCAAACGGCUGCUCUACAACAGCGCCGACCCCGUGCUGCGUGCCAUGUGGCCCGACGGCGAGCAGAGCAUCACCGAGGUCACCAAGCGCCCGCUGACCGCCGCCACGCUCUUCAAGAACUCCAUCGUGGCCCUGGUGGAAAACCUCGCCUCCAAGGAGCCCUACUACGUGCGCUGCAUCAAGCCCAACGACCAGAAGUCGCCGGUGCUCUUCGACGAGGAGCGCUGCCGCCACCAGGUCUCCUACCUGGGGCUGCUGGAGAACGUGCGGGUGCGCCGCGCCGGCUUCGCCUACCGCCAGCCCUACGACCGCUUCCUGCUGCGGUACAAGAUGACGUGCGAGUACACGUGGCCCAACCACCUGAUGGCCACCGACCGCGAGGCCGCGCAAGCCCUCCUGGAGCAGCACGGCUUCCAGGACGACGUGGCUUACGGCCACACCAAGGUCUUCAUCCGCACGCCCCGCACCCUCUUCUGCCUCGAGCAGGAGCGGGCGCAGCUCAUCCCCAUCAUCGUCCUGCUGCUGCAGAAGGCGUGGCGCGGCGCCCUGGCCCGCAGGCGGUGCCGCUACCUGCGCGCCGCCUACGCCAUCAUGGGCUACUACAAGCGGCACAAGGUGAAGGCGUACCUGCUGGAGCUGCUGCGGCGCUUCCAGGGCGUCCGCGCCAUGCCCGACUUCGGCAAGAGCCUGGCCUGGCCCGUGCCGCCGGCCGUGCUGGAGCGCUUCCAGGAGAACAGCCAGCAGCUCUUCCGCAGGUGGCGAGCGCGGCAAAUCGUCAAGAACAUCCCCCCCUCCGACAUGGCGCAGAUCCGGGCCAAGGUGGCCGCCAUGGAGGUGCUGCAGGGGCUGCGGAAGGACUGGGGGUGCCAGCGGGGCUGGGCGCGGGACUACCUGUCCUCGGCCAGCGAGAACCCCGGGCUGGCGCUGCCCUUCGCCCGCCGCGUGCAGGCUCUGCGGGACAAGGUGCACUUCGGCUCCGUCCUCUUCUCCGGACACGUCCGCAAGAUCAACCGCUUCAACAAGAGCCGCGACCGCGCCAUCCUCAUCACCGACCAGCACCUCUACAAGCUGGAGCCCCGGCAGCAGUACCGGGUGAUGCGGGCGCUGCCCCUCAGCACCGUGACGGGGCUGAGCGUGACGAGCUGCCGGGCGCAGCUGGUGGUCUUCCACACGCAGAGCCACGACGACCUGGCCGUCUGCCUGCACAAGACGCAGCCGCCGGGGGACAACCGGGUGGGCGAGCUGGUGGGCGUCCUGCUGGAGCACUGCCGAGCGACCAAGCGGGAGCUGCAGGUCCGCGUCUCCGACUGCAUCCAGCUCAGCCUGCGCGGGCGCAAGAGGUUGCUGACCGUGGAGACGCGGCCGGGCCUGGCCGCCCCCGAUUUCCGCAAGAGCCGCGACGGCUUCGUGCUCUACUGGCCCGAGAGAUGAGGGGGCGGCCGCCCUGCGUGUGUCCCCCCACCCCAAGCGCUGCCACCGGUGCCGCGGUGGCCCCUGCACGGGUUCGGGGGGACAGCAGCGUCCUCAUCCCUGCCCCAUGCCCCGUCCCGCUGGCACGUGCCCAGGAACCUC